AUGAAGACGAGUAUCUCGAAGCGCUGCAUGCGAUAUGUAAUCAAACUGAUAUCGAGACUGGAUGCCACUCGAAUGAAACAGAUCCUUACCACACUGAUAUUCUUACAACUAAUCAUAACUGUAGUCAUAUGGUCUACUUAUAAUUCGACCUCAGUUUCAUCAACAACUAACUCGUUGUCAUCUUCAUCAUCAUUAUUUGCCAUCCCGUUACUGUCCAAUUCUGGUAACACACUGAUGGAUACUUUAUCAUCAUUUGCCCCAUCACUAUUUUCCCCAUCUUCCUCUUCCUCCACAUCUUCAUCAGGAAAGGAGCAGGAUGUGAAAUCUGAAUUCAUCAUAUCUUCUGAAAAAUUAAACAUGGAUGACGAUUUUAGUUAUGCAGCUGCCCUAUACAGAAAGAUUAAAUUCGAUACCAAAUCAUCAUGGGUGGAUGAUUAUACAUUAAAGGACAAUCUUUUAACUGUACAAAUAGGCCCUCAUAGAGGUGAAAAACUAAACUCCACUGAUGAAUUGAAAUUAUAUGAUUUUGAUCCAAGAUUAUCGUGGUCUGUUUAUUUAAAUUACCUUUUAACUCAAGAUUUCUCCUCUGUGUUGAAUGAUGAAAGUAAUUUCAUCUAUGAUUCAUCAUCGACUAACGAUGAAAAUGAUAAAAACUCAUCAUCUUAUAAUAAACUUUAUCACAAAGUUACAAUGCCAUUCUCAUGGUACGAUUGGACAGAUAUGCAUGAAUUGAAUAAACUGAUCUCAUUGGAAAAGAACAAGGUUAGAUGUGAGUUUUUAUUCAAUCCAGCAUUCGAUAUUGAAACCUUAACUUCCAUUGAAAAGGAAAUCGAUGAACCGUUAUUCUUAAAUGAUAGAGUCAAAUAUAACUACCCCAAAUGGUAUAGACUAGCAAGGAAAGUGGCCACUCGUGUGGACAGAAUAAGCGAUCUUUGUAAAAUUAUAGAUCCUAAGGAUACAUAUCAUAAUUUGAAAAAUGAAACUGCAGUGACUGAUAAGAGUUACCACAGAUUCACAACUCCUUUCCAUAUUAAGAAGUUAUAUUCCAAAUUGAGACCUGAAGUGUAUCAGUUACAAGCAAGAAAUUAUAUAUUGUCCACUAUUAGACAUCCUCUAUCGUUGACGAUAUUGGUAGGUAAUACAGAUGCUUACCAAGUUAAUCUACAACAGGAAAGCCGUUUGAAUCUAGUUGAAUCUAAUCUGUUAGAUACUUUCGUCAAGGAUAAAUGGCAAUCUCCAGAAUUCAUUAAAGAAGUCCCUAACACUGAUCCAUUAGUCAACGAAGCAGGAUUGGGAAAGCAGGCGUUAGUAGAGGACCCUGAUCUUGAUCGUGACAUUGUAUUCAAUCAUUAUAAAGUAUUUCAUGAUUUUAUCACUAAUGAAGACAUUGCAAGAAUUUUUAAAUUGGACAUUCCUGAAACCGAUAAAUCAUUCUUCGAGUUUGAUUUGAUUCAUUUACAACCUGAAGAUUUUGAAUUCGAUGCCAGAGGUAAAAUUAAGGAAUUAGAAUCAAUUCCUGAAUCCGACCUUUCCCCUCAUUUCAAGCAAUAUUUAGAUUCCCUAAGACAUUCUGUCGUUAUAUCACCUGCUUUACAAUCUAAAUACUUCGAUGAAGCAGGUUCAGUUCAACAAUUCAAAGGUAUGGGUCAUCAUAGAGAUAAAAGAUUCUUUAAUAGUGAUAACUUAAUCAAUGAUGAUCAAGAGUAUUUUGGAAGAUUAAAUUCUAUGAUUAGAACAUUCCAAAAAUUUACGAGAGCUAACGGGUUAAUUUCAUGGCUGGGCCAUGGUACUUUAUAUGGUUAUCUCUAUAAUGGUCAUUCUUUCCCUUGGGAUAACGAUUUCGAUUUACAAAUGCCAAUUAAACAUUUGCAUUUGAUGGCUCAAUAUUUUAAUCAGUCUUUAAUCUUGGAAGAUCCAAGAGAGGGGAAUGGGAGAUACAUUGUUGAUGUUGGUGAUUCUUUGACAGUCCGUGUUAAUGGUAAUGGUAGAAAUAAUAUUGAUGCUAGAUUAGUCGAUGUGGAUACUGGAUUAUACAUUGAUAUUACAGGAUUAAGUGUAUCUGAUGCACCACCAAAGGACAAAUUGAAAGAUUAUAUGGAGAAGAAAGCAAGGGAAUUGAAAAUUGAUCUUAAUAAGAAAAAGGAGUAUGACGAAGCUACUUUGAAAGAUUUAUCUUCAUUUGAUGGGAAAGAUCUUACUAGAUUAAAUGCAACGCAGCUAGUGAAAUACAUUGAAGAUCACAGAAAGGAUUUUUCAAGUGAUGAUCUAAAUAAAGCAAAGGAUGCACUCAAGAAGGAAAUUGAGGAAAUUCCUAAAAGUAACUCUCCCUCCAGGAAUUUAAAUCCAAGAGAAAGAUACGAAGUUAACAAAAAAAUGCAUCUUUUCAAUUGUAGAAACAACCAUUUUAUGAACAUGGAAUUAGUGACACCUUUAAUAAACACAGUUUUCCAUGGUGUCCCGGCGCUAAUACCUAAUAAAUAUGUUCAGAACCUAAAAUACGAGUAUGGAGUCCCUAAAGAAUAUUCAUUCCUUACAUUCCAAAAGAUGUCAUGGAUUCCAGAAGUUCGAUCAUGGAUUCAAUCAAAAUAUGUCGACAAGGCAACUAAUAUCAAGGGUUGGUAUUCUUCUUAUUUUACAAGAUUACCAAAUUCGGAAUCUAUGAAUAAUAUCUCAUUCAAUGAUAUCAAAAUCAUAUAUGAGAAUUUCCAAAAAGCUGGCUAUGUGGAUAUCUUAGCCAAAAUAUUCACCACAUUUAAUGCAACAAGUUAUAGAUUAAAAGAGCUGGAUAUCCAAUACAGUGAGAAGCUAAAACCUGAAGAAAAAAGAGUUUAUUUACAUGAUCUUAGAAUGAAUGUAGCACCAAUAUUAAACUCCCCUGCAAAAGAUCCAAUUAUUUUCAAUUAUGAGAGACACCUGUAUGACAGAUUGAAAAGAAGAAUGAAUGAGACAGAUUUGUCCGAAAUCGAAAGAUCUGUUCAAAUCGAGCACGUCGAGAAAAUUUGGGAUCUUACGAGAGCCUUGAAAUACAAACAAUUCAGCUUAUUCAAUAUCACAAAGGUACUUAAAUUUCCCACAGCUGACCCUGAUUACGAAAGAGAGGUAAUAGAUACGGUAGAUUUGAACCAAAUAGGGACUGAUCUAUUUUGUGAUGCUCCUCAGGGUAAGAAAAUUCAAAUCUUUGAAAAAGAUCCCGUUCUUGACUUCCAGCAACUUGAUUGA